GUACUUUGUAUAAUCAGCUGUACAGAUUAUUCUCUACGCUCUACCAAAGCUUUUAACAUAUACUGCGAAUGCACAGACAGCGCUGAAGCCCAUACGCGGUACGCGUACUAGAGUAGCGCCAGACUUUUGCUAACGGAGCCCGAAAUUAAAUGUUGAUGUCAUCAGUUACCGAGCUUGUAUAUAAUUAUCAGACCAUCAUAAUAUAAAAAUCAUCCAGUAAUAACUAUACCCGAAACAACUGCCUUUCUUGCUGCGACAGUUUAUUCCCGUUUGUAUAUAUAGUAUAUAUACGCCGUAUAUAUACCGAUACAUGCGUAUAUAUAAAUCGCCGCGCUGAUUAUUAUUAUUAUUGUUAUUAUUACUAUUAUUAUUAUCAUGGCGGAUCUGCUCACCGCGGAGGAAUUCCAGCGCACACUCUCGGCCAUCCACCGGCCGGCCCAGCCGCAGCAAUUCCCGCUGCUGCAGCAAGCCAUCGAGGACGCGGAGAUCGGGAGUCGCGCGGAGCUGGCGCUGUUCCUGGCGAAUGUCUACCACGACAGCGACGGUCUGCAGCGGCUGGCCGAGAAGGACAACGGGAAGGGGAAGGAGUUUGACGGGGGAUACCGGUACUACGGGCGCGGCUACCUGCAGAUCGCGCAUAUCUACAGCUACCGCGACGCGUCGGAGGCCGUCCUGGGCGAUGAGCUGAUCCUGGAGAAGCGGCCGGAGCGCGUGGAGAAGGAGCCGCAGCUGGCCUGGGAUGUGGCGGCCUGGGUGUGGCGCGAACGGGUGAAGCCGUACGGGACGGCCACCCUGGAGGACACGGUGCGCUCGCUGAACAGCGACGAGCUGGACGGCGAUCGCAGCGCACUGCGGCGCCGGAAACAAUUUCUGCGUGCCAUCAACAAAGUCCUGCAGCCGACGGCGGAUGCGGGCGAGGAGGCGUGUCCGGAUGAGAACGACGAGUAGAAAUUGGCCGUUUCCGGGCGGAAGUGUUCCUGAUCGAUGCCGGCAGUGGAAAUAUUCCCGCAUCCGGCAUUAAAAAAAUUCCAAAUUUUGUUGUUGAAUUUCCCAUAAUUAUUUCGCAUAUCCAUACGCCGGCGCAGAUUUGCACUACAGUUGUGUUUUAUAAUUAAUCAAUAUUUUUACAUAUUCAUUUUGCACUGAUAACGGUAAAUGAUGGUACUGUUGUGCUUUAUUUAAGCUAUAUGUACAGUGCACGCAUAUUUUAGCCGUUUUACUCGUACAUAUACAAAUCACUGGCGUGAAAAAUUUUAAUGGUUUUAUUUAAUGGCUGCGGUAACUGUGCUUUUUUUGGCUUUUUUUUUGGGCGACGUACGUGUCUGUGCGAUGCUUGAUAAGGGAACAAUAAUGUCAGCGGUAAUCUUGA